AUGGAAUGUUUACAAUACCUUAUUCAUUGUAUACAUUCCAAUAUUAACGAUAUAAAACAAAUAUAUUUGCCUACAAGUAUAGCUGUAACAGCACUUUAUCUUCCAAUUUUUCUUCUUUCAAUAUUCAAUCAAUCAAUAACAAAACUUUCAAAAUGGAUUUUAACGAUUCCUAUUGUUAUUUAUUUACUAUUUAUUCCUAUGUAUCAACCAGUACGUUCAAUACCAUUAUUUAAUUCAUGUAUUGCAGGUAUUGCUAUUUAUUAUGUACAAAAAGUAUGUGAAUGGUUAUUAAUUCGACGUAAUGAAUUUCAUCAAUGGUCUUUUUUUGAUAUACAACAUGAAUUAUUUUAUUAUCGUGUUUAUACACAAUCUGUUAUACAAAUUAUUAUUAAUCAAUUAGGUGGAUGUGUUGUAUAUUUAUUUUUAAUGUUCAAUUAUGAGAUUGUUCGACAUACACUUUGUCUAUUACUUAAUCGACCACUUGAAUUGAUACCUGAUCUGUUCAAUAAACCAUAUCGGGCAAUAUCACCUAUAGAUUUUUGGUCAAGAUGGCAUCAAAUCUUUAAAAAUACGUGGAUUGAAUUGAUCUUCAAACCAAUAUCAACAUUGAUUUGUCAUCAUUGGCCAUAUUUACCAAAAUUUAUCAGUUAUGGUAUUUCAUCAAUGUGUGUUUUCUUAGUUUCCGGUAUUAUGCAUGAAUAUACUGUUUAUAUAACAUUGAAUAAAUUCUCUGGUGAUCAAAUAAAAUUUUUUCUUCUUCAAGGUUUAGCUGUUCUUAUUGAAUCUGCAUUUAAACAACAAUUUCCACAGUUUUACAUUUCAAAACCAAUUGGUUGUGUCUUAACAUUUAUAUUUAAUGGUAUAACAGCUGGUUAUUUUAUACAACCUUGGAUACCAUUUUUUUGUGAUAAAAAAAUAUUAAAAUAUUCAUUUAUUAAUUUUGUUAUACGAAAUUUAUUUUAUAGAUAUUGA